CAAAUAAAGAAACCUGUGCGCAUCUUUGUGAAUGUUGCUUUCAACCACUUGAUUUUUAGGUAAACACUUCAACUCAUUUAACCAGUUGAUUCUUCCUCUGUAUAACCACUCCAUCACUGAAACUUCUUUAACACCACCUACACCUCCAACCAGUACCUCUAUCUUAUGGCACAAUCCGAUCCGGUGGUGAAGUUACUCGACGUUUGCAGGGUAGCUCCGAUGCCUCGCAUCCCUGACUCAACCGCCCAAACAACGCUUCCUCUCACAUUCUUCGACGUUUUAUGGUUGAGAUUCCCUCCGAAUCAGCGCUUAUUCUUCUACGAAUUCCCCUAUCCGGAAACAACACUCACAAAUACCAUCCUUCCUAAACUAAAACACUCCCUUUCUGCCACUCUCCAACACUAUCUGCCACUCGCUGGAAAUCUCACGUGGCCACCGGAUUCUGGCAAACCAAUUGUCCAAUACAAUGAAGGUGAUGCUGUUUCACUUACAGUAGCAGAGUCUGAAGCCAAUUACCACCAUCUCUCAGGAAGCAUUUUUCGUGAAGCCGAAAAAUUCCAUCAUUUGCUACCCUCCUUACCGGCAUCUAAAACAACAGUACCAGUUCUGGCCUUGCAGGUGACUCUUUUUCCAGACGCGGGGCUUUCCAUAGGUUAUGCUGCCCACCACGCAGUGUUAGAUGGGAAAUCCAUAUCUAUGUUUAUGCAUUCAUGGGCCUCAAUUUGCAGGCACGGGGAUGACUCAACUCUUACGACUGAACUAACUCCGUUCUACGACAGGGCCAUAAUCAACGACCCAUCUGAUAUCGAAAAAGCUUACCUGGACGGCUGGUUGGCACAUAAUGGACCCAACAACAGAAGUCUCGAGAUUUGGGACGUGAAAGCUCCGCCGGAUAUGAUGUUAGGCACAUUCCAACUGACACAAGCAAACAUAGAGAGUAUCAAGAAGUGGGUGGAAGCUAAAUGGCAAGAGAAACACACCGAGAAACCAGCAUUCCAUCCGUCAACUUUUGCAAUAACAGGUGCCUACACAUGGGUUUGCUUAAUUAAAACCCGGAGAUUAGCUACCCAGAAAGUUCAACUUGUGAUCAGCGUUGAUUGCAGGGCCCGCUUGGAACCUCCCAUCCCUUCUACGUAUUUCGGGAACUGCAUUACAGGUCGUAUCAUAGUUGCGGAAACACACAAGUUGAUGGAAGAUUAUGGGGUUGCCCAAGCAGCUAGGGAAAUUGGUGAAGCUAUACGUGGUUUGGAUGAUGGAGUUCUAAACGGGGCAGAAGAGAUGAUAUCCUGCUUACUUUCUGUACUGAAGGAGGAGGGUUUGUUCUCUCUCGCAGCUUCACCUCGGUUUGAGUUCUACAACACCGAUUUCGCGUGGGGGAGGCCAACGAAGGUGGAGCUGGUAUCGAUAGAGAGAAGCGGAGCUUUCUCUCUUUCAGAUUCCAGAGAUGGCAAUGGUGGGAUUGAGAUUGGGGUAGUGUUGAAGAAACAUGAAACUGAAGCUUUUGCUUCUUUGUUUGCUAGUGGUCUCGAAUAUCAUCAAGUCCGUGAACAUUGAGAUAUUGAGGGCGAGUGAAUUUCAAGAGGAUAGUUUAAGGGAAUAUAUUCAAUUAUAUGAGACCCUUGUUUGAAAUUAGACAUAAUAUGUUGAUGGCUGCUGUUGGAGGCCGGUAUUGGAGGGGGAAGACCGUUUUAAUUUGUUGCUGCCGCUGGUAGGGUUUGGGGUUUUUUUCAUUUAGAUGUGAACUUGUUCUUGUUAGAAUAAAUGCAUAUACAAAAUAAUACCGCGAUCAAAUCGUGAUCUUGAGAUUGUGAUUUGAUUGUAAUUAAGAGAAUUUUAUUCCAUAGUUAAUCAGUAUGAUUUCCUU